AUGAGCUCGCAGUGGAACAGCUUCAAGGCUGCCUGGAGCAACAACGCGACGCAGUAUCAGUCUCUGGACUCACUGCAUGCCGAAAAGGCGAACACAAGAUGGUAUUGGCGCUUGAUCGCCCAGAUCGCAACGUACAUGAUCCUCGGAGGCUACCUUAUCCUUCCAACGACUUUCGAUAGCGACCAACGGCUUCGGUUCAACAAGGGCGUGCUUGCCAUCAUCAUCGUGGCCCUGCUCACGGGUGGCUACAGCCUGACCGGCCUUGUCUGGUUCGCCUGUCCCUCGACUCUCUUCCGCCUGGAUCACAUCUUCCUUCCUGUCUUUUCGGUCUCUCUUUUCGCUUUUUUCGCCGCGUGCUACGCGCUAGCCGCUUCACCACGCUAUGUGUUCUCAGACCCCUCCGCGCCUACGACCCUCGCCCUCACACUUGCCUCCGCGUCGGUUUACGGCAUAUUUUCCCUCAUGAUGCAUCGAUCCGUCAGGAGAAUGACGAGAGCGCUUGAUCAGAAUCCGUACGGCGUAGGCUCGACGACAAUGCAAGGGCCGUAUCAAGACCCAGCCUACUACCCGCAAUAUGCGCAGAGUGUGCACCCCUCCACGUUCAGCCCAGCCAACGGUUACGAACCGUUCAGCGGUGCACGAAGUCACGCAUCCUUCGAUGGAGCAGCGAGCAUGCGAAGCACGCAGGAACCCUCCGAGGAGGAGCUUGUCAAUCAACAGAUGGCAAAGUUGUUAACCAGGCGAGACCUGGGGCUUAGUCAAAACGCAUCGCGGUCAACCUUUCACUUGGAUUGGCCGCAGGCUGAAGAAGGUGACCACGAGCUGGAAGGAGGCAUAGGCAGGAGGCGACAGUCCGCCAUGGACGACAGCGGCCGUCUCUUGGCUCCCGCUGCUGCAGGUCGAAAACGAAGUCAAAGCGCGGGCGGCAACGCAGGAGCGUGGAACAGAUUCUCAAGGGCGGUCGGUGCUGAUCCGGGGUCGACUCGGCACCAGCGCAUCUCAAGCAGAGAUGACCGGCGGCGAGAGAUUGAGAUGAAUGACAUGCACACUCGAUGA